GAGCUGCGCGUUCAGGCGGCGCUGGAAGCGGCGGCCGCGGGCGCUGCCGGUGCGGGCGCGGAGGCCGACUGGCUGCGCCGUCUCGGGCCCGCCGCCAGGGCUGGGCUGGCGGCCACGCAGGUGCCGCCGGUCGGCGCCGGUUGGCAAGGGCCGCUCGAGUCCAGCGGGCCUGGCUGGAGCAUCGUGGCGUGGUACAGGUGGACGGGGCCGACGUCGGUCGCCGCGGUGUGCCAGAUUCCGGUGAACGCAGAUCUGGCCAGCACGAUUGCGCUCUGGCAGGAGGCGGACCUGAUGCACAACUGGGUACCGUUCACGUCCGCCGUCGGGUGCACCUGGUCGGACAGCCUUCCCGCGCUGUUGCUGCGCAUCAGGACCAAGGUCCCCAUCUUGCCCAUGACCUUCGGCACCCUCGUCCACCGCGCCUUUGUCGACGUCCCCGGCGACGGCAGCAGGCCGCACGGGGUGCUCAUCGUAGACUGGACGCCUGGGCCAGAGGAGCUGAGCGACGGCCAGUACUGCGGCAUGGGCGUGCCGGGCGCUCCGGCGGGAACGCAGAUGGACGUCCAGCUGGCGAGCACCGUGGUGCAGCCCCUGGACGAGCGCAGGAGUAACGUCGUCAUCACCAACGAGAUCGACCUGAAGGUCUCCCGCUGGCUGCUCCCCGACGCCGUGCUGCGGAAGUUCCUCGUCAUGCAGUCCAGGGUGAUGGCGAAGGCGAUCUGCCGCUGCGCGGAGGCCGCGGCGGAGCACGGGUACGGGGAGCGGGUCCGGCAGGAUGCCCGCGGCCUCUACGCGGCGCUGCAGGGGAGGUUUCGCGGCGCGCGGGCCGCCGCGGCCGGCGCGUGACCGGCGCCGCGCCCGAGCGGCGACGCGCGGCGGAA